GCGCAUGUCGAGCACUUUGUCGCCGGAUUCCAAAACAGUCUUCAUUUUUGGUAAACAUGAGAGCUGUUCCAACUUGGGUCGACAAAGUUCAAGACAGAGACAAACUUGAACAAUGUAUAUGGGACCUGUGCUUUAGACCUGAUGGCAGCCAGUUGAUUGUUGCAGCUGGUAAUCGUGUCUUGGUGUAUGACACGAAUGAUGGCACGCUCAUCCAACCUCUCAAGGGUCACAAGGACACAGUGUAUUGUGUAACCUAUGCAAGGGAUGGAAAACGAUUCGCUUCUGGAUCUGCUGAUAAAAGUGUUAUUAUCUGGACAAAUAAACUAGAGGGCAUUCUGAAAUACACUCACAAUGAUGCUAUACAGUGUCUGUCCUACAACCCUUUAACUCACCAGCUAGCCAGUUGUGCUGUCAGCGACUUUGGGCUGUGGACAGCGGAACAGAAGAAUGUAUCUAAGCACAAAGUAAACAGCCGUAUCACUUGCUGUAGUUGGACCAAUGAUGGGCAGUACUUGGCUCUUGGUCUGUACAAUGGACUGGUCAGCAUCCGUAACAAGGGUGGAGAGGAGAAAGUGAAGAUUGAACGACCAAAUGCAGCAACAUCUCCUGUCUGGUCCCUACAAUGGAACCCCAGCAGAGAUGAGACCUAUGAUGUGUUGGCUGUGGCAGAUUGGGGACAGAGACUUUCAUUUUAUCAAUUAUCAGGGAAACAGAUUGGUAAGGACAGAAACCUUGGGUAUGAUCCAUGUACAGUCAGCUGGUUCUCCAAGGGCGAGUAUGUGGUGAUAGGCGGAGCCAACAAGCAAUGCACUCUCCAUACUAAAGAGGGGGUCAAGCUUGGGGUCAUCGGGGACCAGGCAUCAUGGGUAUGGGGAGCAGCGGUCAAGCCAGACUCAAACUAUGUGGCUGUCGGCUGUCAGGAUGGAACAAUAGGAUACUACCAGUUGAUCUUCAGUACCGUACACGGACUGUAUAAGGACCGAUACGCCUACAGAGACAACAUGACUGAUGUGAUCAUACAGCACCUCAUCACCGACCAGAAAGUAAACCUUCGAGAUUGGAAAAGCAUGCAUACUUCUGCUGCCCAAGACGUAAAACAGAGAAUAGGGGCACUUACUCCUCCAGCUGACCCAGAUAUAGUGAGAAUCAAAUGUAGAGAUCUUGUGAAAAAGAUUGCUAUCUACAGACACAGAUUAGCUGUUCAACUGCCAGACAAGAUAGUGAUAUACGAGUUAUACUCCGACGAUGCAGCUGACAUGCAUUAUAAAGUCAAGGAGAAGAUAAACAGGAAAUUUGACUGUAACUUAUUGGUCGUUUGCUCACAAAACAUCAUACUAUGUCAGGACAAGCGCCUCCAGAGCUUCUCCUUCCAGGGUAUCAAGGAAAAGGAGUGGGUGAUGGAAUCGCUGAUUCGGUACAUCAAGGUGAUAGGUGGUCCCCCAGGUCGUGAGGGGCUCCUUGUCGGCCUCAAAAAUGGACAGAUCAUGAAGAUAUUUGUGGACAAUCCAUUCCCCAUCAUGCUCCUGAAGCAGGCGACAUCUGUCCGGUGUCUGGAUGUUUCCGCCUCUCGUACCAAACUGGCCGUCGUGGACGAGCACAGCACCUGUCUGGUGUAUGACAUCAACACCAAGGAACUCCUAUUCCAGGAGCCCAAUGCUAACAGUGUAGCAUGGAACACCCACUACGAGGACAUGUUGUGUUUCUCUGGAAACGGUCUCCUCAACAUCAAAGCCAGCAACUUCCCCGUCCACCAACAGAAACUACAGGGCUUUGUGGUAGGUUUCAGUGGGUCAAAGAUAUUCUGUCUCCACGUUUACUCCAUGUCCUCAGUAGAUGUACCACAGUCAGCGUCCAUGUACCAGUAUCUGGAGAAAAAGUUUUUCAAGGAUGCAUACAAAGUUGCCUGUCUUGGAGUGACUGACGGGGACUGGGAGGUGCUGGCCCACGAGGCUCUGGAGGGACUUGACUUUGACACAGCCAAAAAGGCCUUUAUCAGGAUCAGGGACCUACGCUACUUAGAGCUCAUCCACAACAUAGAGGAAAGGAAGAAGCGUGGAGAACAGGAUACCAUGGUGUUCCUGGGAGAUGUAUAUGGUUACCAGGGCAAGUUCCACGAGGGUGCUAAACUCUACAAGAAAUCCAAUCACGAACACAAGGCCAUGAACAUGUACACAGACCUCAGGAUGUUUGAUUAUGCUAAGGAGUACAUUGGUUCUGGAGACCCGCUGGAUAAGAAGAUGCUGAUCACCAAGCAGGCAGACUGGGCAAAGAGUAGUAAUGAACCCAAGGCUGCGGCUGAGAUGUAUAUAUCUGCUGGAGAGUUCUGUAAGGCCAUAGACAUCAUUGGUGACCAUGGCUGGGCUGACAUGAUGAUUGACGUUGCUCGUAAACUGGACAAAGCUGACCGUGAAGCGCUGUCCCGAGCAGCAGCCCACCUGGCCAAGAUGGAGCAGUACCCAUACGCUGCUGAGGUGUAUAGUAAGAUGGGAGACAUCAAGUCCCUCAUCAACCUACAUGUUGAGGCUAAACACUGGGAUGAUGCAUUCACACUGGUGGAGAAACACCCAGAGUACAAGGAAGAAGUCUACGUACCCUACGCCCAAUGGCUGGCCGAGAAUGACAAGUUUGAGGAAGCUCAACAAGCUUUCCACAAAGCUGGACUGCAGACAGAGGCUGUCAAGGUUCUGGAACAGUUGACACACAACGCUGUUCUGGAAAGCAGGUUCAACGAUGCUGGCUACUACUUCUGGAAGUUGUCCAUGCAGUGUCUCGACAUAGCGAAAGACGAUGAAGUAAUUGACGAUCCUGAUAAGAAGGAGGAGAUGUUGAAUAAGUUCCAUGACUACCAGCGUAAAGCUGACAUGUAUUACGCCUACCAUUCUAUACAGAGAUAUACGGACGAACCAUUUACGUCCCAUCUCCCUGAGGCAUUAUUUAACAUCUCGCGCUAUCUGCUCCACAUGAUGCAGGCCAAUGUUCCUCACGGCAUCUCCAAGGUUGGUACUCUGUAUGCCCUGGCUAAGCAGAGUAAGAACCUGGGAGCCUACAAGCUGGCCCGCUACGCCUACGAGAAACUGCAGUCUCUACGUGUUCCUUCUCGGUUCCUGGAAACUGUAGAUCUGGGCAGCAUCAUGAUCAGGUCCAAACCGUUCCAUGACGGAGAUGACCUGCUGCCAAUGUGCUACAGAUGUUCCACGACCAAUCCUCUCCUCAACAAUAACGGUGACUGCUGUAUCAACUGUCGACAGCCAUUUAUACAUUCCUUUGUGUCAUUUGAGGUGCUGCCUCUAGUGGAGUUUGUGCUGGAGGAUGGAAUCACCGACGAGGAAGCAGUGCUCGUCCUUGACCUGUCAAUACCCAAACAAAAGAAAGAGGAAAAGAACUGGCAGGAGAGUAGGAUGGGGCCUGCCCAAACCCUACGACUAGGAGAUGAUCCACCGGAGGAGGAGGACGACGAUCCCUUCUCUGCCAAACUUAUGACUUUUGAGCAAGGGGGAACUGACUUUAAGCCUGUGGUAGUGACCAAGUCUGUACUACAGUCUAUGUCGAGGUCGGAGGUGUACAUCCUGAAGUGGCAGAAACCGCUGAGAUACCAGUUCUUCCGAUCCCUACUGCCUGAUGUCACCAUCACCCAGUGUCAUACCUGUCAGAAGCUUUUCCACACCGACGACUUUGAGCUCCAGUAUCUGCAGAAAGGCAGCUGUCCAUUUUGUCGAGGAGCUAUGGAAGACUGAAUGUGUUCUUAUACUUUAGGAAAAUGUCUAUUCUCUCUAGGAACUAUCCAGCACCAAUUAUAUUCCUGGCUUAUACCUGGAAUAGAAACUUUGAUUUAUCCAUUCUGUUGAGGAGUGGUGAAUAACAGUGUGUUCCAGUACCUACAGAAAGGAAACUGUUCACUCUGUUCAGGAGCUGUGGAAAAGAUUUGCAUAUCAUGAAGCAAAUCCAGCCUGUUUGGUUUGCCUUGCUGGCAUUCUAGCUUAACUCUAUACAUUCCGUUAUCAUCCGUCCAAGGAUUCAUAAUUCUGACAUUUUAUAUAAGGAAAAAAUGUUUUAUUUUACACAUUGUCGAUUGUUUCAUAGGAAGAUGUAUGUCAAUUCUAUUGUGUGUGGAAUCUAGAAAAUAUCUGUAAAUCAUAACAAUUUUACCUGCUUAAUUUGUACAUGUGGUAUUCAAAUUGGCGUAGAAAUUAACCAUCUUUUAGACACAUAUUGAAAUGUAACUUACAGAUGUAACAGGUUGAUAUGUACUCCUUUGUCUUCUCCUAUCUAGGUGUACAGACGAAUUGGGCCGAUCCAGAAUUCAACAGUUUAUAUCAUUUUACAAUAUUUAACAUUAACUGACAAAAAGCAAGAGUCUCAGACUCCGUCAAGGUUUCACUGACUAUAAAAGCUCUAGAGAGUCUGUUGAUGUGUGUGAUAAUAUGAGAAUAUCAACCGUAUGCAUAUCAGUUUUCUGUGAUGCCAUGUAUAGAUCUGUGAACAAAAGGAUCUGUCCACUAUCCUUAGCAAAUUACACACCAGGAUGAUACUGAUAGUGCUUUUAGUGUUAACUAUUCACUGUAGUGUAUGAGAUUAAUUACUGCCGUCCUUUUCAUGUCUUCUGACUUAAAGAUAUUCAAAAUGAUUUCUCAUAUUGUCUGAUUUCAUGUAAUAAUAACUUCCAC